AGACAUCUUUGUAAUUUUGAUGCAAAUCCAACCAGCAACCCGGAUCUCCGCCGCCGGCACCGCCGCUAAGGCCCUCCACGGUCGCCUACUCCGAACCCACCUCCUCCCCCACGCCGCCGUUCACCCCAAACUCCUCCUCCUCCUCCGCCACCCCGCCGACGCUUCCCGCUGGAACUCUCUCCUUGCCGCCUUCGCCCGCCACGGCUUUCGCUCCUCGGCGCUACUCUCCUUCGCAAUCCUCAACAGCUUGGGCCUUCCCUCCGAUUCCUACUCCCUCUGCUCCGCCCUCACCGUCGCCUCCCCGGACCUCGCUCGUCAGAUCCACGCCCGCGGGCUCACCUCCGGCUGUCUCUCCAGCGUCUUCGUCUGCGGCGCUCUGAUCGAUUGCUACGCCCGAUCGCUCGCCGUGGAGGAUGCCUCCCAGGUGUUCGACGAAAUGCCUCACAGAAACACGGUCUGCGCCAAUUCCCUCCUCGGCGGAUACGUCGAGAGCCGGCGCUGGACGGAGGGCUUCCGCCUCUUCCGCAGAAUGCGCGAGCUCUCACUGGAGCCCGACGGCUUCACCGUGUCCGCCGUUUUGCAGAUUUGCUCCGAGGCGCCGGCCACCCCAUUGGGCUUGCAAACGCACGCAUACCUUCUCCGCAGGAGUGCCUUCACCGAGAACGCUGUCCUCAUUUGCUCCUUGGUGGAAAUGUAUGCACGGUGCGGCCUUGUAGCCAAGGCUCACUCGGUGUUCGAUAUGGCUGCACAUGUAACACGCAAGGACGUCGUGCUAUGGACUUCGAUGCUCAAUGUUUACGGCCGGAAUGGGAAGUUUGCUGAGGUUGUAGAAACAUACGAGAAAAUGCUACUUGAAGGGAUCGAACCCGAUAAGAUUGCUUUGUUGGCUGUUCUUUCAGCUUGUAGUCACUCGGGUAAUGUGAUCAAGGGUCUCAACUUUUUCAAUUCGAUCUUGCGUGUGCACGGUAUGGUUCCUGGAGCUGAGCAUUAUGGAUGUGUGAUUGAUAUGCUUUGCAAAGCAGGGAAUUUGGAGAUGGCAUGGAAGUUUGCCAAUGAGAUGAUGAUGAUGGAAAAUAAAUCUGGUGGUGGUAAUUUGAAUGUCAGUGUUUGGGGUGCUUUGCUUAGUGCUUGCAGAAACUCCGGGAACGUCGAGAUAGGGAAGAUUGCUGCUAAGAUGGCUCUGGAAUUCGAUCCUUACAAUUCAGGGAUUCAUGUGGAGUGGUCUAACUUGUAUGCCUCUGCUGGCUUGUGGAAUGAGAUUGGUGAAGUAAGAGAAUUAAUGAAAGUGAAGGGAUUGAAGAAAGAUGUGGGGCACAGUCAGGUUGAUUCCUUCAGCCUACGAAAUGGUUACGAUUCAGUUUGAAUGUGUUUGGAUGCCUGUUCGGUCAAAAGAUAAAGUUUUCGAGUAUUUACUUGAAACAAUGCUGGCUUUUGGAAUGAAGUUGUUGAAGUAAGAAAGUUAAUGGAUGUGAAAGGAUUGAAAGAAGAUGUGGGAGAAUACAAUCAGCUUAAUUCCUUGGUCGACAUGAUCAGACUCUGGUUCGAAUGUAUGCAAAGGUCGUGAAUGUGUUUGGAGUUUGAGUAUCUCUUAAAAGUUAGAUAUCCUUCAUAAGGUCAGUCUCGUAUUGAUAUUGUGGAUACACAUAUUCUUGUCAUCCCUUCUACAUCAUCCAAAUUGUGGUUUGAUUGAAGAACCAAGAGACGAGGAAUCUGAUAAAGACAAAGAUAUCCUAACUGAUAGACUAAAUAGCUGGACGGAGUACAAGAAUUUAGCUCAUCACUUAAGUAACAUCAGGGAGGAAAUGUUUGUUUACACUUGGAAUUUAGCACACACGGCAAUGGACUUUGUGAGAGAAACAAUAGCAGCAAGGAGAAAACUUGAUUCGGAAGCUCGAAUAUGUACUAAACAUUACAAUUCAACACCGAACUAGAUACGGAGACUCCCUGGAGCUUAGUUUCGCAGUGGUAUGUUCUAAUCGCCUUUCCCAGUCAUAUGUAUUGUCAAAUACAAGUUCUUUCUUUUUCAUUGAAUAAGUUUGAUAUGAAAUUUGUGCCUAUAUAUAAAUUUUGUUAGUGAAUCUAAUCAUUCUUUAAAUGUUGAAUUCAUGGUUGACGUGAGAAAUAUGAA